GUCGAGUUUGCUCAAAGUAGAAAGACACGAGCCCCUUCCCAGUCCAUUCCCACUUCUCAGAGCCCUUCUUGGUGCUCUAGGAUCUGGCAACAUAAAAUCCGUCAAUUUGAAGUCUGUACUUGUUUAGCCCCGGCCAAUUCCGAGGAUAAAGAGCCCUCAGUUAAAGCAUAG